UGAUGUCAAUAUUGAAACUAUUGAAGUCUGCCAUACUUGUCUAGCGGCUGGCCUUGGGUUUUGUUUCUGCUUUCUAAUGUGGAGUCCUGUUGUUGUUACUGUCGGAGGGGUGCAUUAUCCUGGGGAUAGAUCAGCUUUGACCCGGAAGUCACUCCCUUACCCAGAUCCUUCUGCCAUUUUAUCCCACAGGAAACGAGCUCGUCUGGAUAAUCUUACAGAAGAGGAGAAAGCCAUACGGAGAAAAAUACUUAACCGGGAGGCAGCCCAAAAAGCACGUGACCGCAAAAAAGAUUUGAUGGAAAAUAUGGAGGAAAGUCUAGCUCAUUUGCGUUGGGAAAAUGAAUAUCUCAAAUCCUCCAACCGAAUACUUCGUCUCAAGUUUAUUGAACAAGAGCAAAAGUUCCAUGCACUCCAAGAAAAAUUAAACGGUAUCAUCAAACAUGUGGAGAAGUUUUCAGGAAAUCAGGUCGAGCCACCAGAGUCAGCUGAACUCCUCCCUCUGCAGAAGGGAGUGGCUCUCUGUUUGUCCGUACUUCUCCUCCUCCACAAUGGCCUGAAAUGGAGUGUGUCCAGAACUCCAGUAUCGAGGAUGUGCCUGAGGAUAUAUCAUCAACUUUGUUUGAUGCUCAAACCGUUGAGGUAUCAUCUCAGAAUAUAUCUGAAACCAAACAGUCUGGAGACAGCAAUUGCUCUGACGACCUGAUUCCAUAUUCUCCCUGCUUGUAUGAUAGCAUUUUAAAUAGUCUACAGGAUGAUCAGAUAGGAGAAAUCCCAGGAUUGACAGAUUCUUAUGAUUCAGAAGAAAGCUUGAGUGAACUCUUAGAUGUUUUAAAUGGUGACGCAUUUGAAGAUGCUUCGACAGAAAUUUCGUUUUGACAUUUCUUUAACCCGUGAUCAUUUUACCAAAGUCCCUCACUAUAUUGGAGUUGUAUAUAUGAUUUUUUUGACUUAAUUAUUUCGUUUAUUCUAUAUCUAGU